AGUAGACAGUGUCGAGUCAUAGAAGAACCACAAGCCCCAGAAGCUCUCGCGUCACUCUUCCCCUCCCCUCCUAUAGUCGGAGUGCUGUUUUUGUUGUUGGUGAAAGGUGAGGGGAACAGCUGAUCCGUCCGUGGGGACAUCAGCCAUCUUGAGGACAGCAUGGAAGAGUCAUCACUAAGCCGGGCACCAUCCCGGGGUGGAGUCAACUUCCUGAAUGUGGCCCGCACCUACAUCCCCAACACCAAGGUGGAAUGUCACUACACUUUGCCUCCGGGUACCAUGCCCAGUGCCAGUGACUGGAUUGGCAUUUUUAAGGUGGAAGCUGCCUGCGUUCGAGAUUAUCACACGUUCGUGUGGUCCUCAGUGCCAGAAAGUACAACUGAUGGCUCCCCCACCCAUGCCAGUGUCCAAUUCCAAGCCAGCUACCUGCCCAAACCAGGAGCCCAACUCUACCAGUUCCGGUAUGUGAACCGCCAGGGCCGGGUGUGUGGGCAGAGCCCCCCCUUCCAGUUCCGAGAGCCAAGGCCCAUGGAUGAGCUGGUGACCCUGGAGGAGGCUGAUGGAGGCUCUGACAUCCUGUUGGUUGUCCCUAAGGCCACCGUGCUUCAGAACCAGCUGGAUGAGAGCCAGCAGGAGCGGAAUGACCUGAUGCAGCUGAAGCUGCAGUUGGAGGAUCAGGUGACAGAGCUGAGGAGCCGAGUGCAGGAGCUGGAGGCAGCUCUGGCCACGGCCAGGCAGGAGCAUUCGGAGCUCACCGAGCAGUACAAGGGGCUCUCCCGGUCCCAUGGGGAGCUCUCAGAAGAGAGGGACAUCCUGAGCCAGCAGCAGGGAGACCAUGUGGCCCGUAUCCUGGAGUUAGAGGAUGACAUCCAGACCAUGAGUGACAAAGUGCUGAUGAAGGAGGUGGAGCUGGACAGGGUUAGAGACACAGUGAAGGCCCUGACACGGGAACAAGAGAAGCUCCUGAGACAGCUGAAGGAAUUCCAGGCAGACAAGGAGCAGAGUGAGGCUGAAUUACAAACGGUCCGAGAGGAGAACUGCUGCUUAAAUACAGAGCUGGAGGAGGCCAAGAGCCGGCAAGAAGAGCAAGGUGCUCAGGUCCAGCGACUGAAGGACAAGCUGGCCCACAUGAAGGACACCCUGGGCCAAGCCCAGCAGAAAGUGGCCGAGCUGGAGCCCCUGAAAGAGCAGCUCCGAGGGGUCCAGGAACUUGCAGCCUCAAGCCAGCAGAAAGCGGCCCUCCUUGGGGAGGAGUUGGCCAGUGCAGCAGGAGCUAGAGACCGAACCAUAGCUGAACUACACCGCAGCCGACUGGAGGUGGCUGAAGUCAACGGCCGACUGGCUGAGCUCAGCCUGCACAUGAAGGAGGAAAAGUGCCAGUGGAGCAAGGAGCGGACAGGGCUGCUGCAGAGCAUGGAGGCUGAAAAGGAUAAGAUCCUGAAGCUGAGUGCGGAGAUCCUCCGACUGGAGAAGACGGUGCAGGAGGAGAGGACCCAGAGUCACGUGUUCAAGACUGAGCUGGCCCGAGAAAAGGAUUCUAGCCUGGUGCAGUUGUCAGAGAGUAAGCGGGAGCUCACAGAGCUACGGUCAGCCCUCCGUGUGCUUCAGAAGGAGAAGGAGCAGUUGCAGACGGAGAAACAGGAACUGCUGGAGUACAUGAGGAAGCUGGAGGCCCGCCUGGAGAAGGUGGCGGAUGAGAAGUGGACCGAAGAUGCUGCCACAGAGGACGAGGAAGCCACUGCUGGGCUGAGCUGCCCUGCAUCUCUGACAGACUCAGAGGACGAGUCCCCAGAAGACAUGCGGCUCCCAUCCUAUGGCUUGUGUGAGAGUGGAAACACAAGCUCCUCUCCUCCUGGGCCUCGGGAGCCUUCUUCUCUUGUUGUCAUCAACCAACCAGCACCCAUUGCUCCCCAGUUCUCAGGUCCAGGGGAGGCCAGCAGCUCAGACUCGGAGGCUGAAGAUGAGAAGUCAGUCCUGAUGGCAGCGGUGCAGAGUGGGGGCGAGGAAGCCAGCCUCCUGCUUCCUGAGCUCGGCAGUGCCUUCUAUGACGUGGCCAGCUUCAUCUUCCGUGGAGCCCAAAUUGUCCUGCUCCCCCUCUCUCCUGCCCCCUCCCCUUCCCCAGGCACCAGGUAGGUACCUAGGUCCUCUGGGAGGAAGAGGAUGGAGACUGAGAGAAGGACCGCCAUCCAGAGCAUCUGUCUGGCUAUGCUAGAGAUGUUGCUCAUCCCUGACUUCCUGGGAAACUCUAGGAGGGGAACCUGCAGUAUGGGCAGGGACCAGGUGGUGCCUUCUGCCUGGCUCUCUAGUCCUAGUCAGGCCGACAGGGCCUCAGGGAAAAGAGCAUCAUGGCCUGGCCCCCCAACUCUGCCUGGCGUGUGGGGCUUGGGGCAGAAAGGGCCAGUGCUGUCAUUCUCUCUCUCUGCUGGAGCAGGAAGAUGAAGAACAGUGUCAGACUCAUUUUCAGCCCCAUUAGGCAGCAGACGGAGAUGGAGGGAGGAGAGCGGGAGACUGGGGGAUGGGUUCUGCACUACAGAUGCCAGCAGGGCCUCAUGAAGAGAGGACUUGGGUAUCUGGAGAAUAUUUUAAGCAGAAGAAGCCAUAGGAGAGGCUUGAACAGAGAGUGACCAGGAUGGCAUGUUAGGAACAAGGAACCACAUGGGUCGUGUUCCCUGAGGUCCCCGGGUCAAGAAGGCAGCAGAAGCUGCAGUGCUGCCUGAAGUCUGAGCCCCUGGGAGGGGAAGGGGAGACUCAGGAAUUCAGGAACCUUCCAUUGCUAUAUGACAAGUUUGAGGCUUAUAUCAGAAAUAAAAAUAAAGGCAGCAGAGAACCCUGA